AUCUAUUAAUAUUUUUUAAGAUUCCUGUGAUCGGGGUAUUUCGAUGAUUUCAAUUUUAAAUUAAUUAAUUUGAAUGAUUGAUUGAUUGAUUGAUUGAUUCAUUCUUCUCAACAAUAAUGGCUCGUCCUAAGGUAACCUUAGUGUCUUCUGAUGGUGAGACGUUUAUAGUUGAACAGAGAGUUGCAGAAAGGUCAAUUACAAUCAAAAGUGCCAUUGAAUUCGCGGGAGUUGAUGGAUUAACUGCAGAUAUAGAAAUACCCCUACUUAUUGAAGGUAAAGUUUUGAAGAAAGUAGUAGAAUGGUGUGAACACUAUAAAACUACAAAAUUCCCUGAACCUGACGAAAAUCAAGUUGAUGUACUAAGUCGUCCUCCUGUUCUAACAAAAUGGGAUAACAAGUUCUUUAGGCUUUGUUUUGAACAAGAUAUGAUGUUUGAAAUUAUUAUGGCUGCUAAUUACUUAAAUAUUAAUCAAUUACUACAUGUAGGAUGUACCACUGUUGCAAACAUGAUGAAAGGUAAUUCUACUGAACAAAUAAGAGAACUCUUCAAUGUACCUAAUGAUUUCACCCCUGAAGAAGAAGCAGCCAUUAAAAGAGAAGACCGAUGGACGAAAUAGUUAAUUAAUAGUUAUAAAAGUUAAUUAAUAGUUAACAGUUAACAGUUAAUUGUUAAUAGUUAAUAGUUACUUAUUUAGGAAUAGUAUUUAUAGAAAAUAGUAAUUGUUUUAGUCGCACCCAGUACACUUGUCUGGCAUACUGGAACCCUCAUAAUCGUACUUGUUCUUGCUUGUCGUGAUAGUC